GAAGAAGCUUAUACAAACGGAAGCGUAAACUCAUACUCCCUUUCGCUUGAUCUCAUGAUAGAGAUAUUCAAACAGUUGCCACUGAAAAACCUAAUCAGAUCACUAUGCGUAUCUAAGCAAUGGGCUUCCAUCAUCUGCGGUCGAUAUUUCAUGAAACUAUUCCUGAAUGAGUCCUUGACUAGACCAAAAAGUGUUGUCUUCGUGUUCAAAAAGAUUGCACAUGAACUAGUACCAUCUUCUUCCGAUGCUGCUUCUUCUUUAGCCACUUACCAUGUGACUGUUCACACCCUACAGCGCACGAAUAUAUCUCCUUCAGUCCACGUUUGCUAUGGACCACCUUCUGAACUCAUCGUCUAUAACCCUUGCACUAGACGAUCCGCUACCUUGCCCAAGUUUAAUGCAGGGAGGAGGGUCAUAAACCACUACUUAGGCUAUGAUCCCAUCAACAACGAUUAUAAAGUGUUGUGCAUCAUCAGAGGUAUGCCUAAGCUGAGUAACAGACGCGGUUUAGCUGCGGAGAUACUUGUUUUGACACUGGGAUCAUCAACUCAUCAGGAUUCAUGGAAGAUGAUGAAUAUUCAAGACAAUAUCAUUCCUCAUCACUCUCCUCUAAGUGAGGAACUGUGCAUCAAUGGUGUUUUGUAUUAUCAAGCUUUUACUGUAAAACUAAAUGCUUCUGCGAUCAUGAGUUUUGAUGUUAGGUCUGAAAAGCUUGCUCUUAUCAAAGGACCUUGCACCUUUCCCACUUUCUCGAAGUUGACAAGCUACGAGGAAAAGCUAGCUGUCAUCUUCUAUAAAAAGAAAAUCAGUGGUAUUAUUGCCUUGUGGGUUCUACAAGAUCUCUGCGAGAUUAUUGAUACACCAAUCCACGAGCAUGCAUCGCAAACUAGCUUUGUCUAUUUUGAUCUCAAGAAUGAUAGUGUGAGAAAUUUUAAUAUCGAAGGAAUCACAGACGAGUAUAUGUUUUGUCAAUCGAACUUUGUUUCCGCUGGUCAGGUUGAGAAUCUCAUGUUUCUAUAA